ACGUGCGCGCAACCCUUCAUCGCGUGGUGGGGAUCAUCCAUAUUGCUGCUAGUGGUGGGGAUAAGGUUGUAAUCUUGAGAGGCCUUCGGAUACGUUUCUUUAUUAUUUCCCGCAUGUUUAAACUCUACUCAGACUGCUCCGCGUCUUAGGCUGAAGCUGUUUGGUCUAGGAGCGAAAGAGGAGCCGCAGACCCCGCGGAACAACUUCACAUUUCCCUGAAAUUGAAGGCGAAUUCGGGCCGGUGGGAGGACUGGUUAUCCUGAGGGGGAAAGAAAGACGGUGGUGGGAAAUGGCCACUCAGGUGGAGGCUCUCCUGCCCGGCAACCCGCUUGCCAAAGCGGAGGAACACGGUAAAGUGAUCCGAGGUGAGCCGGGGGAGGAGGAGAGCGCCCGGGGCGACGGGGCCAAGCGGCAGACGGGUGUCGCCGAAAACAGCCCCGGACAGGGAGGGACCACCGGCACGGAGGAGCAGACCUCCAAACGGGCGACAGAGCAGAGCAAAGACGGCUGUGACAGCGAGGACAAGCAAAACGAGGAGAGUGUUAAAGGCAGCGGCAGGAAGGAGUUUACUGAAGCUCCCCCGCCCAAGGUGAACCCGUGGACUAGGAAAAUGAAUGCGGUGACCGUGGUCAGCGUGAAUGGACAAGCACACCUCGAAUCGAGUGGUCCUGCCAAGGUGGUAAGAGCAGGGAACCCACCCAAAGCCAGACGUGGAGGAAAGGUUGGAGAUUUUGGGGACACCAACAGCUGGCCGACACCAAGCGAGAUCGCAACUAAAGACAUGCAGAUGGAGGCAGAGACACGGACUGUGUCCUGCCCGCCGACUGUCAGGCAGGGCAGAGACUCAUGGAGAAUCAGUGGUCCUAAAAAGACGAGUGCCAAGAAGGAGUUGAAGGAGAAGAGGGAGAGCAACGAGGAAAGCAAGGAAAACCUGAAGGCCAAGUCGGACGACUCGGGAGAGGAGAAGAACAGUGACGACUCCCAGAAAAACGGCCCGAAGAAAAAAGGAAACAAGCAGAAGUGGGUUCCUCUAAUGAUCGAGGUGAAGUCUGAGGGUCCCAGGGAGCGCUCGGCCUCCAGGAACAACAGCAGGCAGAACGAAAACCCCCGGCUGCCUCCCAACGCCAGGAACGACCUCAGAGACUGGCAUAGUCAAAAGUACGAGCGAGAGUGGCGUGACGACCACGAUGAGGUGUCCAGCGUGAAGAGUGAGGGGGCGCCGUUCCGCGGAGGGUUCAGAGGUCGCGGACGUGGAAGAGGAAGAGGCCGGGGACGAGGCCGAGGUGGCGGCAGAGGCCACUAUGACUAUCACUACGGUUACAAGUCCUUUAAUGUGAAAGAUGGACCCUACGGCCAGAAGUUCAGCACCUCCGUCACCUACUACUACGACAACAUGAGCAGCAAUGACCUAUACUCUGUCGAUCAGGACCUGCUGAAAGACUACAUCAAGAGGCAGAUAGAAUACUACUUCAGCCUGGACAACCUGGAGCGGGACUUUUUCUUGCGAAGGAAGAUGGAUUCGGAGGGAUUCCUCCCCAUUGGACUCAUAGCCAGUUUCCACAGAGUGCAGGCCCUCACCACCGACGUCAACCUCAUUCUGGAGGCUUUGAAGGACAGUAAAGAAGUGGAGGUGAUCGAUAUGAAGAUCCGUCGGAAGGUGGACCCUGAGAAGUGGCCGCUGCCAGGCCUCAACGUUCCCAACAACACACACACAGACUUCUCCCAGCUCAUUAACUGUCCGGAGUUUGUCCCGAGACAGAUGUCGGAGGACCCCAGAGGAAAUGGUUUACCGAGCACAUCAGUGCAGCAUCAGACCAAGACUGAAGGAGACAUCUCCAACCUCAAAACGAUGCCCAAGGGCCUCUCGGCCAGUCUGCCUGACCUGGACUCGGAGUCCUGGAUCGAGGUGAAGAAGAGACCCAGACCUUCCCCAGCCAGACCCAAGGUCAGCUCAGAAAAGGCCCCCUCGUUACAGCAACAGCAGAGGGAAAAGGACGAUUUGCUUCGAUCCCCGGUCCCCCAGCCCGGCUCCUCGCCCUGCCCUGCCACCCCGGGAAAUAAGGACGGAGCAGAACAAGACGAACCGGAGGAGCUGGACUUCAUGUUUGACGAGGAGAUGGAGCAGAUGGACGGACGCCGCAACACUUUCACCGACUGGUCAGAUGAGGACACGGACGGCGAGCUGGACGACCACGAUGUCAACAAGAUCCUGAUAGUGACGCAAACACCGCCCUACCUGAGGAAGCACCCGGGAGGUGACCGCACGGGGCAGCACACGUCUCGCGCCAAGCUCACCAGCGAGCUAGCCAAAGUGAUCAAUGACGGGCUCUUCUAUUACGAGCAGGACCUGUGGGAUGACACGUACGAGCCGGAGUACGCCACUAUCAAGCAAGAGGUGGAGAACUUCAAGAAGGUCCACCUGAUCAGCCGCGAACAGUUUGACUGCCUGACUCCUGAACCCCCUGUCGACCCCAACCAGGAAGUCCCCCCUGGUCCUCCACGGCCCCAGCAGAUCCCCACAGACGCUUUGGCAAACAAACUCUUCGGUGCCCCUGAACCCUCCUCAACGGCUCGGUCGCUCCCCACGACCGUGCCUGACUCGCCAAACUACCGCAGUGCCCGGACACCCCGCACGCCUCGCACCCCUCACCGGAAGGACCCGACGAUGACGCCACGCUUCUACCCAGUGGUGAAGGAAAGCCGGCCGGUGGACGCAAAGACACCCAGGAAGAGGAAGACUCGGCACAGCUCCAACCCGCCCAUGGAGUGUCACGUUGGCUGGGUGAUGGACUCCAGAGAGCAUCGCUCCCGCACCGCCUCCGUCAGCUCUAACGCCAGCCCAUCGGAGGGCACCCCCGCCCUGGGCAACAUCGGCUGCACGCCUCAGUCUCUCCCCAAGUUCCAGCACCCAUCACACGAGCUGCUGAAGGAGAACGGCUUCACGCAACACGUUUACCACAAGUACCGCCGACGCUGCCUCAACGAACGGAAGCGACUGGGAAUUGGCCAAUCACAAGAAAUGAACACGCUCUUCCGCUUCUGGUCAUUUUUCUUACGGGACCACUUCAACAGGAAGAUGUACGAGGAGUUCAGACAGCUGGUGGUCGAGGACGGGAAGGAAGGAUACAGGUACGGAUUGGAGUGCUUGUUCAGGUACUACAGCUACGGUCUGGAGAAGAAGUUCAGGCCAGACAUCUUUAAGGACUUCCAGGAGGAGACCGUAAAAGACUACGAGGCCGGCCAGCUUUAUGGGUUGGAGAAGUUCUGGGCUUUCCUCAAAUACUCCAAAGCCAAGACCUUGGAGAUCAACCCCAAGCUGCAGGACUACCUAAGCAAGUUCAAACGCCUGGAAGAUUUCAGAAUUGAUCCGCCAAUGGAGGAAGGAGGUCGCAGAAGACACUCGUCAAGCGGGGACGGUCGCCGCCGGCAUCCGUCUCAGCCCUCAAGCAGGCCCCACAGCCAGGCGAGCGGAGGCCCAGCCUCCAUCGCUGCUGCCCAUGGCCCCGCAACCAAGGAUGAUGCCAAACCCGCCCGCCAGAAAGGCCCCGUCUCCACCGCUGAUCCUGCACCGGACGCCAAAACACCGAAGUAACUCCACACACAGACGGAUCGGCUCAGCUACUUCUGCAAGUUGCCGGUUCUCUCUGCGCCACAGGAGGGGGGAGGGGCAUCCAGCUGAAGCAUGACUUUUUUUUUUUUUUGACCCCUACAAACAUCUUUGAUUUGAGGAAUGAUUCCCAUCGCUUGUUUUAUCGAUUACUUCUAAGUUUUUAGAACAUUUUAAUUAGGCAAGAAAUGACUGAGGAUUAAAUCCCUUUAAAUUUCUUUUUUUUCUCUCCACGCUGGCCCCUCCUCUCUGUCACUGGGACCCUCCUCUUUGAUCGUCACUGUCCUGCUGGCUGAAACAUUUAAUUUCUCACCCAGACGUCACAGUAAUGAUUUCUUCUGCAUGAGAUGGUUAAUCUGAGCACCUGAAAGGCCCCAUCAGCGGCCCGCCAGAGGCCACAUUGCUCCUGAUUUUCAGCCGGACCAAACUGGUUUGAACCGAGUGACUGAACUUUCCAUCUGCAGAGCCCCCGGCUUCUCUGUCAAUGGGCUAAAACUGAAAUCUUUAAUUUACUUCAUGGCUGGACAUUGAGGGGAAACUAAAGAACCAAAUGAUAAAAAAAGAGUUGUUUCAACCCCUCACUAUA